GCCUUGACGAUACCGGUCUCAAUUAGAUUGCAUUCAUGGAAGAAGUGCACCCGUCGGUGAUGAUUUCCUCCGCGGAAGCAGUCGUAUAAAUACAGUUAUUUCGAUCAGUGAUCAUCAGUCAGGAUCUAUUCGUCCAGCAGACAACAAUCUCUAGCAAAAUGAAAUUCGUAGUUUUGGCCCUCGCUUUGAUUGGAACCGCCUCAGCCGGUCUUGUCGCCCCAUUGGGUCAUGGAUACUCCGGAUUGGGAUGGGGACAUUCAGGUCUCGCCACUCCAGUUGUUGCUUCAGUUGCUCCAGCGAUUAGUUCCUACUCAGCUCAUGCUGUAUCUGCUCCAAUUGUUGCUUCAGUAGCUCCAGCCAUCAGCACCUACUCAGCUCAUGCUGUAUCCGCUCCAGUUGUUGCUUCAGUAGCUCCAGUCAUCUCUUCAUACCAUGCUGCUCCAGCUCUUGUUGCUGCUCCAGCUCUCACUGCCCACGCUGUAGCUACUCCAAUCAUCUCUGCUCACAGCGCUCUUACUAGUCCAGUCAUUGGCCAUGGUUGGGGACAUGAUCUCGUCGGUCUUGACCUCUGGAAAAAGAAGAAGGCUGCUGCUCAUUAAGGAUUUUUAAUGAACACAUGGGUUUGAAAAGGCAAAUAUACUAGGUUUAUGACAUAAA